GGGCGCUGUAUUUCAGUCAGCUGCUCCCGCCAGAGUCCGCUGCUCGUGCGCCUCCGCUGCUCCCGAGUGACUGCCGCCUGGUGUCCACGCCCGCCCGCCCCGCCUGCCGCCGAGAUGAUGUGCGGCGCGCCCACCCCCACGCAGCCGGCCACGGCCGACAUCCAGGCCAUCGCCGACCAGGUGAGGUCCCAGCUGGAAGAGAAGGAGAAGAAGUUCCCGAUGUUCAAGGCUGUGGAGUUCAAGAGCCAGGUGGUCGCCGGGAGGGUCUUCUUCAUCAAGGUUCAAGUGGACGAAGACAGCUUCGUGCACAUUCGAGUAUUUGAAAGCCUCCCACACGAGAACAAGCCCUUGGUCUUGGCCAGCUACCAGACCAACAAAGGCAGACACGACGAGCUGACCUACUUCUAGUCCCAAUUUUGCAGAGCCCGUCGCCCAUGUGGGUCUCUCCACUGCCAACCUGUGUCUGGGACCUCACGUGGUGCCACUCGGGGGGUGGGGGGGUGGGAUGCUCCUCUCCGGUGUCUCUGUUCCUCACUUUCAUUGUGUUCAUUUUUUUCUCCCAGUCAAUGAUCUUAAGUAAAUUACUUUCAAGGAGGGUUUGUGUUCUCUUUAAAUAUAUGUAUUUUUUCAGUGUUCACAAAUUUUCUGUUUUGGGGUUUUUUCUUCAUCUGAAGCCGUAAUCACAGUAGGGAGGUGUCACGGGGUGAGAGCUGUCCAGGGUGGAGCCCCCGCUGGACCUCGUGCGGCCUGAGACCCCCCCACCCCGAGCAGCUGAGCCAGGGGGUGGGGGAUGCCCAGGUCACAGCAGGCGGGCUGUAGACCCAGGAUUCCAGGAGCCUGUGUUCUAACCGCAGCUCCACACGCCUCCGUUGCUGUGACUGUAUCCUGUCUAAAAUACAAGAUUUGAGGGAAUUCCCUGGCGGUCCAGUGGUGAGGACUCUGGGCCUUUGCUGCGGAGUGCGAGGGUCAAUCCCGGUUGGGGAAUUAAGAUCUCGCAAGCUGCAUGGCGUGGCCGAAAAUGAAUAAAUACAUAAAUACAUGAA